CGAGUCGCUGUCUGUUCUUCAUCGUUUUCAUCGUUAAACUAGGGUGCUCAACUAACCACAUAUUUUUACAUCCCUCUCUGAAUUCCAUUGAUCCCCUUCCCUUGUGGACAAGGUAUGGCUGAUGGUGGUUAUGUCCCCGUCGAAGAGGAUGACGAGGACGGGGAUAUAACGCACCAUGGUGCAGAAAGGAUUAGUGUGGAAGAUAGAUUGCCAUUAUUCAUUAGAUCAGGCGUCAUCUUCGACCAAGAGCAUGAUGGCGUCGCAGUAGAUCAAGGGGAUGCUUCGGCAGACCCUUUACAUGGGCAUCACCCCAAGCAGGAGCUUCAUGGCUGGGCUUCAAUGUGGCUAGCAUAUCAAUCGAUCGGUGCAAUUUACGGAGACAUCGGGACUAGCCCUCUCUACGUCUUCUCGGCGGUCUUUGCUUCUCCACCGAGCUCGCCGGAUCUGCUUGGUGCACUGUCACUUAUCAUCUGGGCCUUAAUCCUCAUCGCUACGAUAAAGUACGUGGGGAUUGUUCUAUGUGCCAACAACCAUGGCGAAGGUGGCUCCUUUGCGUUGCUUUCUCUUAUUAGGCGUCAUGUUAAAUUGGACUGGCGAGAUUCAAUGGUUGAGGACGAUGACGAGAAAAUCUAUGCUGCAAAGCGGCUGAAAAGCUUCAAUCGCUCGGCUAGAAAUGCGUUGAAACGCAGUGCUAUGGCCAAAGGUUUAGUGACGAUUCUGGCUGUGCUGGGGGUCUGCAUGGUGAUGUCUGAUGGGGUCAUUACUCCAGCACAGUCAAUUCUCGGUGCAGUGCAGGGAAUCAAAAUAGCUGCACCCGGCAUGUCCACAAAUAUUGUCGUCGCGCUUGCCUGUCUCCUGAUUGUGCUUCUGUUCGCCAUACAGCCUUUCGGCGUUUCGAGACUGAGCAACUUUUUCGCCCCCAUUGUAAUGGUCUGGUUGAUAUUCAACAUGGCUUUUGGAGUAUAUGCCGCGUUUAUAAGCUGGCACCCAGAUGCGAUCGUGAACCCAUUGUUCAAAGCGGUCCCCCCUGGAAUGUACUGGCCGACGCUUAUUCUGUCAAUCCUAGCGUCAAUUGUGGCCUCCCAAGCAAUGCUCACGGGCACUUUCCAGUUGAUCUCCCAGGCUAUACGGAUGGCUUAUCUUCCUAGAAUGAGGCGCGUCCACACAUCAAAGCAUGUGGCGAGCCAGAUAUAUAUCCCAUUGGCUAAUUGGCUGAUGAUGGCAGGGGCAAUAGCGGUUACAGCAGUGUUUAAAACAGUGAGUGUCGGGAACUUCACGAGGGUGUUAGAAUGCAUGCUGAUUCGAGCGACACAGACUACUCGUAUUGGCCAUGUAUAUGGUGUAUGCGUCGUCGGGGUUAGCUUCAUCACGACUUGGCUUGUUGCCCUUGUGGCUAUUAUCAUCUGGAAUUUGCAUAUUGUGAUCAUCCUUCCGGUUUUUGUCUUUAUCGGCUUCUUUGAUUUCUUUUUCCUGGCAGCUGCUCUUGCCAAAAUACCAGCUGGGGGCUGGUUUACGGCUAUCAUGGCGGCCAUCUUGACGAGUACUUUACUCCUAUGGAGCUACGGUGAGGGAUGCCAGUUCAAUGCAGAGCGAGAUGAGAGCGCUUCCCGCUCCACACUGUUCACAGGCCACGGCCACCAGCUAUGGCUUCGCGAAGGAAAGGCGGAGUAUUCGGUUAAAUCAAUCAGAGGCAUUGGUGUGUUCCUAAUUGAACCACAUUCUAGGUCUCCUCCUGUUUUCGACCAUUUUAUUAAGAAAUUCGAAGCCACCCAUGAGAUAUCAGUCCUCCUUCAGAUAAAACCCGUUCUUAAGUAUUCUGUCCCUGUGAAAGAUCGCUUCACGCUAACUAGCACAAACAUCACCGGGUUGUACCGUGUUAUACUUCGCUAUGGCUACGGGGAUACGCCCUCGUGGGAUUCCUUUGAAGAAAUGCUCACAGAGGAACUGGGUCUCUUGCGUCCUCGUGGAGAACCUGAUAGUCAGGAUUAUGCAGCUGCGGACGAUGUGAACACAGGUUCGAUAGCGCUCACUGCGCCAGAUCAGUUCGCAUCGCAGAAGCCCAUUACCUAUAUCAUUGGCAGAGACAAAUUAUACGUCAAAAAGGGAUCUGGUGUUUUUCGCAGGAUCAUCCUGUCUGUGUUUAUAUAUCUGAAGGGCCAUGAGAAGACAAAGUUGUCGCGAUUGAGAGUUCCGGUUGACCGGUUGGUUGAAGUUGGAUUUUCUAAGGCGAUAUAAUCAAGGGAACAAAUAUGAUGCAUGUAAAGUUUUGGGUCGUCCAGGACGCAAAUUUCCUUUGACAUGCUCGCCUACAUGUUCUCGGCUUGAAAAAUACCAAAUGCCCAAUUCGUCCCCUGACAAAGGAAUCGGGCGAUACCCUUGAGGUUUUGGAAGUGAGGGAUUUCAUUUCCGCACGUUGAUAAGGUUCCCUGGAACUUGGAGCGGAAAGUCGUCGGGACCAUUUCAGAGUCUGAACGAAAGGGCGGGAUGAAUUCCGGCUCACGAUGGCUCCACGGAAUGCGUGGAGGCCGGAGAUGAGCAGUCAUCGCUGGUCGAAACCACAAGAACAUACAGUGGCCGUUU